CAACAUCGCCACGUAGCGAGAGGGAGCGCCUGCAAGCGUUAAUAUGAUUGGUCGAGGGUGGUUGCGCGGUUACCAUAUACACGAAUACUCAUGAGAGGACUGAAGAGGAAUGUUAGAUGUAUAUUUUAAAUGUUAAAAUAUUAACGUGUGGGUAGUUUUGUUCCUCUCAGACGUCUGGUGAGCUUAAAGUGUAGUGGUCAGGACAGUGGAGCUGGUCACAAAUGGGAUCAGCAUGCCUUUUUUAAAGAAACCCCGGACUACUGAACCACCUGUAAAACAAUGGGACAAAAAAGCCCAAAAAUGUGGACUGCUCCACACAGUCUAUUCAGCCAAUGGAGAUCGGUACAGAGGCGAAUGGUUGGACAAUAAGAAACAUGGAAAUGGAAUGCAAGUUUGGAAGAAAACAGGAAUAAUCUAUGAUGGGGAGUGGAGCUUUGGAAAGCGCCAUGGGUACGGAGUGCUCACCAAGUUUCACCGUGAGCAGAAAGAGUAUGUGAGGGUGUAUGCAGGUGGCUGGCAAAAUGACAAGAAAGAGGGUGUUGGGACGUAUUUCUACAGUCCACUGGCUUUCUAUGAAGGCCAUUGGAGUAAAGAUCAGAGAGCUGGAUGGGGAAGAAUGCAGUAUGAAAAUGGGGAAGUCUAUGAAGGCGAAUGGCUGAAGGAUAAGCAUGAUGGACAGGGUGUACUGCUGCUUGCAAAUGGAAACCGUUACGAGGGCGCGUGGCGGGAUGGAAAGAAGAAUGGCCACGGCAAGUUCUUCUAUCUGGAUAGAGGUCAGCUGUACGAAGGCCUUUGGGUCGACGGCGUUGCAAAAUCUGGAACACUGUCUGAUUUUGGAAGAGAAACAGCACUUAAUCCAACUAUGUAUCCGAUUCCCAAGGUUUGCUUAAUAGAUGCACAGUCUGUACUGAUGGAGGCACAAUCAAAUCUCACUGAGGAUGAAGGAAAAUCAACAACGGGCACUUUUCCAUAAGCUAUACGGCUGCUAGACAGUAUGUAACAGGACAGUAUUUUGUGUCCUGAAAUGAAGGGAAACUCUUGAUGUUUAUUAUCCUUUCCAUUAAUAUUAAAAACCUUUUGCACAAAUAGCUGUUGGUACAUUAUGCAUCAAUUACAAUGGAGAAGCUUGGAUGCAAAAGCCUCUAAAUGCCACUUCUGUCACUUCAAAUCUGCCUAAAGGAUAGUUCACCCAAAAAUGAAAAUUCUGCCAUCAUUUUCUCAUCCUCAUGUUUGUUUUAAACCUGUAUGAGUUUCUUUUUUCUGAUGAACACAAAAAAAGAUAUUUUGAUAAAUUAAUGAAUUCCAUCAUAUUUGUUUUUCAUACUAUGGAAGUCAAUGGUUACAAUCAGCUGUGUGCUUACCAUGAUUUAUCAAAAUAUCUAAUUUUGUGUUCAUCAGAAAAAAGAAAUUCAUACAGAUUUAGAACAUGAGGAUGAGAAAAUGACAGAAUUUUCAUUUUUGGGUGAACUAUCCCUUUAAUUCUGGC